ACGAGGACUGUCACAAUGAAAAUACUACUAGGUUUCAUAUCAGGAUGUGCAGGCAUGCUCUUUCCAUUGAUUUAUGUGCUGAUAUGGCAUAGAAAGGGCAAAAGACUGCGGCUUUCCCUUUGCAAAAAGAGUAGCAGCAGCACUGAAAGGAAUUACGAGGCUAUGCUAGUAACUUAUGGAUCCCUAGCUCCAAAAAGAUACAUGUACUCAGUGGUAAUGAAGAUAACAUCUUCUCGAAGUGAUCAGCUUGGAAGAGGUGGUUAUGGUGUGGUUUUCAAAGGAAGACUGCAUGACGGUCGUCAGGUUGCUGUGAAAUUCUUGCAUGACUGCAUAGGAAAUGGGGACGAGUUUGUGAAUGAGGUAAUGAGCAUCGGCAGGACCUCUCAUGUUAAUGUUGUUAGCUUACAUGGAUUUUGUUUGGAGGGAUCAAAACGAGCUCUUAUAUACGAGUACAUGCCCAACGGUUCCUUGGAUAAGUACAUUUACUCAGAGAACCCUAAAGAAAUUUUAGGAUGGGAGAGGCUCUAUGUGAUAGCAAUUGGGAUUGCUCGUGGCCUAGAAUACUUGCACCAUAGCUGUAAUAUACGGAUUGUUCAUUUCGAUAUCAAGCCUCAAAAUAUCCUUCUUGACAAGGAUUUUAGCCCAAAGAUUGCUGAUUUUGGUCUAGCUAAACUGUGUCAUACAAAGGACAGCAAGCUUUCAAUGACUGGUGCUAGAGGAACAAUUGGAUUCAUCGCUCCGGAAGUUCACUACCGAACCUUUGGAGUGGUUUCAACAAAGUCAGAUGUUUAUAGUUAUGGAAUGAUGCUGCUGGAAAUGGUUGGAGGGAGAAGAAACGUAAAAUCAAUUGUUGAAAAAUCCAGCGAAAAGUAUUUUCCAGAUUGGAUUUACGACCACUUUGCACAAGAUGAUGGACUACAAGCAUGUGAAAUCACAGGCAAAAUUGAGGAAACCGCGAGAAAAAUGAUCCUAAUUGGCUUGUGGUGCAUACAAGUAAUACCUGUGUAUCGCCCCACUAUCACAAAAGUUCUUGAAAUGUUUGAUAGAAGCUUAGAUGAUCUGGAAAUGCCGCCGAAGCAGAGCUUCUGUGAACUACUUGAAAGUUCAGCUCACAACAUGGAUGUACAAAGUGCAACUUGUACCAGAUCUGAGGAGAUAAGCCUUGUGGAUUCGAAAAAUCCAACAGCGAUUAAAAACUCUUCGAGCUCGUAAUCCCUUGUGAAUCCAAAAAUGCAUACAAUGAUUUGCAACUCGCUAAGGUGGCAUGUACUACAGUACUUUCAGAUAUAACAAGCACAACAAAAUUCGGCAUUGUAUCGUAGAACAUAUUCAAUGUAUGCAUGACCUCCGUAGAAUCAACCACAUCCUAGCGUCCA